GCAUGUGACAUCACAUGGAAUCCAAGAGGAGCCUGUCAGUCUGUAAACUUAGAGGGGGAAAUCCAAGAAGCAAAGCCGUAUUUUAUUUUAUUUUUGAGUAGACGGCCGCUCUUUAAUACCGCGGUGAUUGAUGCCCUUUGUGUGUGUCGCUUCCCUUUUCCAGCAGCAGCACUCUCUUCUCUCUCUCUCUCCCGGUAAAUGGAUUGUUGGCACUGCAGCUCAGCAGAGGGUGUCAGAUCAUCAGAGUGCACCAGGCUGAGACGAACAUAGCAGCCUGCUUCCCGGAGCCGUGCCCGGUGUGCCACCCUGUACAUCCGUAGACGGAGGAGGACUGAAGGGUGGCAAUUCUACGAGAAGAAGAGGAAAAAACGCAGCGAUUGCGGAAAUUUUGCAGCGCCAUUGGCUCGGCGGCGAGUUUUUGGGCUGGGGCGUGAUUUCAGCACCAACAAGCUGUGAACAGCACACACGUCCAGAGGAUGAGGAUGGUACAGGGCAAGGGAAGCGGAUUGUCCCUUAUCGCCUGGCACCGCUGAUGGCUGCCACUGGGCACCUCCAUUUCUAGCCUUGAUCAGUCGGAUGCCUCCUACGUGACUAUCAUUUGUGGAUCUAUUAUAGACUGUCGUCUGGCGGAGGAGAGAGGGCUGAGACCCCUCUAAUCAGGUAUUUUAUUGCUGAUUUUUAUUUAGCUCCUGUGUUAUCUCACAUCCUUUUUUUUUUUUGCUGGAGAUGGAUUGUUAACACCUUUGCGAUGAGAUCGGGAUAUGCAUUGCUCUGAUUAAAAAUGCUGCUUUGGAUUCUGCUGCUGGAGAUAUCUCUUUGUCUGGCCGCCGGAAACGUUACCCGAGACGUUUGUAAAGAAAAGAUCUGUUCUUGUAACGAGGUGGAGGGAGAUCUUCAUGUGGACUGUGAGAAAAAGGGAUUUACUAACCUGCAGCACUUCUCGGCACCCACUUCCCAGUUCUAUCACCUCUUCCUGCAUGGCAAUUCUCUAACCAGGCUUUUCCCUAAUGAGUUUGCCAACUUUUACAAUGCCGUCAGCCUGCACAUGGAGAACAAUGGCUUGCACGAGAUAGUGCCCGGUGCCUUCUUGGGCUUGCAGCUGGUAAAACGCCUUCACAUCAACAACAACAAGAUCAAGUCCUUCAAAAGGCACACGUUCCUGGGGCUGGAUGAUCUGGAAUACCUCCAGGCUGACUUCAACCUGUUAAGAGACAUUGACCCAGGUGCCUUCAGGGACUUGAACAAGCUUGAGGUUUUAAUCUUAAACGACAACCUCAUUAGCACCUUGCCCACCAAUGUGUUCCAGUACGUGCCCAUCACCCACCUGGAUCUGCGGGGGAACCGAGUUAAGACAUUGCCCUAUGAGGGGGUCCUGGAGCAGAUCCCUGGCAUUGCAGAAAUCCUGCUGGAGGACAACCCUUGGGACUGCAGCUGCGAUCUCUUAGCCUUAAAGGAAUGGCUAGAAAACAUCCCAAAGAAUGCCUUGAUCGGUAGGGUGAUCUGCGAGGCGCCCACUAGGUUGCAGGGCAACGAUCUAAACGAGACCUCAGAGCAGGAGCUGUGCCCCUUAAAAAACGCAGUGGAUUCUAGCCUGUCUGCCCCCCCUGCCCAAGACGAAACGUGUGAUCCCGGUCCAAUUCCAACCCCCUUUAAAGUCAAUGGUCAGGAGGACACGGCCACCCAGGGCUCCUCGGUGAGCGGAGGCACCAAGAUCCCUGGCAACUGGCAAAUCAAAACCAGACCCACAGCUGCGGUGUCUGAGAUGAAUGGCCAACCCAAAGCCCCCCACGUCUUUGCCUGCCCUGCCAUCUGCAGCUGUGGGCAGCAGAUCCUCGGCCCUGGAUUAAAAGUAGAUUGCAGCAACAAGAACGUCAAAAGCCUAUCUGAACUGGAGCCCAAGCCCCCCAAUGUGCAGGAAUUGUUCCUGAGAGAGAACAAGAUUCACACCAUCCGGAAAGCCAACUUUCUGGAUUAUGCCAACCUCACCCUACUGGAUCUGGGCAACAACAACAUAGGCAUUGUGGAGAACAACACCUUCCAUAACCUCACCGACCUGAGAUGGUUGUACAUGGAUAAAAACUGCAUAGACACCCUCACCCCAGAGAAAUUCACCGGACUGCAAAGCUUGGAGUACCUGAACCUUGAGUUUAACUUCAUUCAACUCAUUUUACCCAACACCUUCAACCCCAUGCCCAACCUCAGGAUCCUCAUCCUCAACAACAACCUGCUCAAGUCUCUACCGGUGGAUGUGUUUGCUGGGGUUAGCCUUUCCAAAUUAAGUCUUCACAAUAAUUAUUUUAUGUACCUUCCAGUGGCAGGGGUCCUGGACCAGCUCACGUCCAUCAUUCAGAUAGACCUGCAUGGGAACCAGUGGGACUGCUCUUGUAACAAUGUGCCUUUCAAACAAUGGGCAGAGAGACUUGGCCCCGAGGUCAUUGUAAGUGAUCUCAAAUGUUAUUUCCCAGAGGAGUUCUGGGGCAAAGACUUCAGAUUUCUUUCUAACGACAUGAUGUGUCCCCUGCUGUAUGCAAAAAUCUCCCCAACUCUCAAUGCUCUUCAAAAAAACAGCACUGGCCUGGCAGAGACCAACACUCACCCCAAUUCCUACCUAGAGACAAGCCGGGUGUCUAUCUCUGUGCUAGUGCCAGGACUCUUGCUGGUGUUUGUCACCUCUGCCUUCACAGUAGUUGGCAUGCUGGUAUUUAUCCUUAGGAACAGGAAAAGAUCGAAGAGAAGAGAUGCCAACUCCUCAGCCUCUGAAAUCAAUUCCCUGCAGACAGUGUGCGAUUCUUCUUACUGGCACAGUGGCCCCUAUAAUGCAGAUGGCACUCAUAGAGUUUAUGAUUGUGGGUCUCAUUCACUGUCAGACUGAAAGAGAGUGGGUGGGAGGAGGGUUUCAUAAAUACUGCACCCACAGCUGUCACUUAAUAUCAGGACACCAGUGAUUUUUUUUUCUUUUUUUCUUUUGUGCAUUGCUGUAACAUUCGCUACACUUGUGCCAUUCCCAUAAACUAGGAUUUCUUUGCAAAUGCUACCUUAUUGCGAUUACACAAAAGGACGCCUAUGAUUAAUUCAAGUGCUGGUAAGAGACCCAUAUACAGUACCAGUAUGCCAGCUGUGCUACCUGACGCAGUUAACAGUGAAUAAUAACCAUGAGAUGUGGAUGGGGUAACCAGCCAUAAAAUGGUAUUUAACUGGGGAGGGGGAGGAGGGGGGGUUGUGUUCCAGGAGGACCAAAGGCUGGAAUUUAUAAAAAGGGGGGCCUUCUUUUUAUGCAGCGUCUGCUCUCUCCUGUGCUGCUGCUGCUGCAGAACGUUGCACGAAGGCAUGAAUGUCAUGUAAAUAAGUGACUAGUCAAAAACAAAAACAAAAAAUCAAAAAAGUGCUGCAUGGCUCGCAUGGAUACAACGUACCCCGGGGGCGAUCACAUCUGAGCAACCAAUAUCUCUGCCCACCCCCCCCCCCCCCCCAAAAAAAAUCAAAUAAAAUCUCAUCUUUUUCAAGUCUCUCGCUAUACAGUAUCGGUAUACUUAAAGUGCCAUUGCUCUAUCUUUUGUAAUGGAUAACGCAGUACAGAUCCUAAGUUUACUGUGGAUAUAUACAUAUAUAUAUACAUAAAAAAAAGAAAAUUCGAUUGUACUGUUUUAUUUAAGAUGUGUUUGCAUGAUUAGUUCCAUUAUUCCUCGAUUUGAUUUGUUUUUCUUUUAGGCAGAUCUGUAUUCAUUUGAUGACAUAACCAUAUGCAUUUUCAUUCUGAAUGUAUAAUGAUUAUCGGUUAUUUUUUUAUUAUGGUUACAGUGUAUACAAGUAAAAAAAAAAAGUAUUCCGAUGCAGAUAAGCAUGAAGAAUUACUGUCAUUCUGAUGCUUAGGGUGGGAGGCUAGCUGGUAAAAAAAUAAAUAAAAAAAAUAAUGAAAAAAAAAUUAUAUAAUAAAUCUGAAGUUAAAUACGGAAAUAAUCAUGGCAAAUGGGGGUGAGGUUGAAAACUCAGUAAUUAUAUUCAAAAUUUUAUAAUGGCAUAUUUUUCAGUAUUAAAGUGAAAUGUUUCCAAA